AUGUUGGAGCUUCAUGCAAAAGCAUUGGCACCUGCAGGUAUUCAAGCAGCUCAUUUCACCUAUUUCUUUGAAACAACCACUCCACCCCCCAAACGAGAAUCCUCUGUGUUUCCACGAAUAGCUAAGAAGAGCUAUGGAAGUAAUGUAAAUGUCAAGGAGGGCGGUCAAAAUGAAUCUGCCUUUCUUUCCUCCAAUCUUCGCUUUUUAUGUCCUGUUAAAAUGAAUGUCCUCACAUUUUAUGGGCAGCAGUUGAUGUGUGGCGCCCUCAAUGCUCCUCCUCCUCCUCCUCCUCCCCCUCCUCCUCCUCCUCCUCGAUCCCAUCAGCCGCGCAUCGCCAACAACUGCAUGUUGCAUGAUGAUGGCGCAUCGCUGAUUAUUUUGCUUAACAAAAACAAAAGUAGUCAAUAUACCGUUCCAACUGACAAUGCAGAAGUGACGAUAAGCGACAGCGUUGGUGAUAGGGAUGGUGGUGGUGGUGGUGGCGACGACGAUGACGGCGACGGCGGUAAUUGGGGCCUUCCUCCCUCUUCUGCCAACUUGUUCAUCUCACCUCCCACCCAACUUGGGCAAAGUUUGGUGUGUCACAUCAAAGCACCAAUGCACGAGGAAAUGAAGGCUAUGAUUUCACCCUCCUCAUCAUCACAGCAGCGAUUCACCGUUGCGUCUCCUGAAUCAAGCAAACGGCAAUGGGUGCAUGGUGUGGUGCUCACAUGGCGCGUGGAUUGCAGUGAGACUGAGGAGGAGGUGGUGUUGUGCGGAGUGGUCAGUCAAGUUGAUUGA